CUGAUGCUGGUGUACAAGGCUAUGGCUGAGGCAGUCAUGAAGGGAAUCAAGACGUAUGCCCACACUCUCAGUGUCACUCAGGCGAGGCUGAAGGCUGUCCAGACUCUCCAUGACGACUGUGGUGACCUGAAGACUUCUUCUCUCCUCAACUAUCUGUCUGAUCGAUCAAGUGUCAAGUUUACUAUAGAAGCUGUUGACAACUGUGGCAGGCCCAGCUCCCUGCGAGAUGGCAGCCAGAGUCUUCUGGUGAAGGUUGCCACCAUGACCCUGUAUGACGUCCCCAGUUGCCAUGGCAAGGGCCACCUCAGCUCCUUGGUGUUUGCGGAGUCCUUCCUAGACUCUGUCAUUCCAGUCUCCGACCCAGGUGGGAUUGUAGUAUCCAACUAGACCCUGUAGCAAUUGACAACUGAAUGGUCCACUUGCUUGAUGACCACUAGGUCAUAGCCUCAUAGUCCUAGCUCACUUGCCUCACAGCCUCGUAUCGCAAUAGCCAAAUAAGUCCACUAGCCUGAUAGACCAGUAUCCAAUUGGUUCACUAGCCAGAUAGCCCAGUAUCCAAAAUGUCCACUCGCCUGAUAGCCCAAUAUCUAAAUUGUCCACUAGCCUGAUAGACCAAUAUCCAAAUGGUCCACUAGAAGAUAGCCUGAAAGCCUAAUAGCCAAAUAUGCUCACUAGCCUGAAAGCCCAAUAUCCAAAUGGUCCACUAGCCUGAUAGCCCAAUAUCCAAAUGGUCCACUAGCCAGAUAGCCCAAUAUCCAAAUGGUCCACUAGCCAGAUAGCCCAAUAUCCAAAUGGUCCACUAGCCUGAUAGCCCAAUAUCCAAAUGGUCCACUAGCCUGAUAGCCCAAUAUCCAAAUGGUCCACUAGCCUGAUAGCCCAAUAUCCAAAUAGUCCACUAUACUAGGCCAGUUAGCCCAAUAUCCAAAUAGCCCACAAGCCUGAUAGCCUGAUAACCUGAUAGCCUGUUAGCCUAAUAGCCCAGUAGCCUGAUAGACUAAUUCCAUAGGCUUGUGGACUUUUUGGCUACAUGAAGUGUAUCCUCAGGGAUUGUAACAUUAAUGAACACUAAUGGGGGUGUUCUUUAUUUUCACUAUUCAGAAAAAUAGACUUUUAAUUUUACUUUAUACAUGUUGUAUCUUGAUAAAAUUAACAGAUUUGUAACUUAUUUAACCAUAAGUGGACACAAAAUGGCUAAUCUUGAGUGAUGGUAGUUGGUGCUGGGCGAUGCCUGGUGGUGGAAGGUUUCACAAGGUAAGCUGUGUGCUAUUAGUGUGCCAAAGCUUCUUCACUUACUUGGAGGUACAGUAAACUACGGUUAUAACAAACUCAAAGGGACCACUCAUUUUAGUUUGUUAUUUCCAUCGUUAGUUAUACGCCUUUUGACUGUCAGACAUCUUUUUCUAAGUCAUGUGACAUCAUCUUACCCGAUAAAUAACAAAAGUGUGCACUGUACAUGUACAGAAUAUAUACACUUCAAUCAGUGUGUUACUGUUGUUAAUUGAGGGUGUAAUUUGAGGAAAAGGUGUCAGUACUUGAGUACAUCAGUUGCCUUCAAUUGUUUAUUGAUGCUUUGAACAGCAGCGUUUUGAUUGGUGACACGUGAGGGAUGAACAGUUUGUUAAACACUUAAACAUUAGCGUUGACAGAGUACACACGAGGCCACAAAGUGAGUUCGCUAUAUCCGUUGUUUCGUUAUGAGUGUGUUCGUUAUAUCAAUCAACUUUAUAUGAUAAAACAUAUGGCAAAUGGCCUGGACCAAAAGAACAGUUUGUUAUAUCCGUCAGUUGAUUAUGAGCAUGUUCUUUAUAAACGUAGUUUACUGUAAAUGGC